CUAAUAAAUUGUUUUGAUGUCAGUAAAAAAUAAAUAUUUUGUUGAUGAAUAUUUUUUAUUUUUAAGAUUUAUGUUAUUAUAAAUAUUAGCAUAUCUUUAGUUGGUCUUAGGGAAGAAGAUCAUGUUAUCGCGUCCAUAAUCAAUAGCUAAGAUUGUAAUCUAACUAUUUACAUGAGUUUUAUUUUAAAAUCUCUAAAAUCUUAUAAUAAAAGUAAUCAGAUUCAAUGUGAUUUAUAAGAUUAAAAAAAAUUCAUAUUAGUGAUAAACAAUUUUGUUUAUGAUAAACAAAAUUUCUUUAUCACAUAUUUGAUUUUGCUAGAUGCGAUGAUUGUUGGAAACAAAAUACAAAAGGGUAAAAAUGGAAAUUCCUAUUUUAAGGCCAAACCCUCCCCCCAAAAAUUGAUAAAAAGAGCCCCCAUUUAAUCUCUCUAUCAAAUCUAUCGCUGUGCGUGUUUGUUUCCAGAGUUAGGGUUACGCUUCGUUUUUCGAACGACAAUGGAGGACAUUACAGAGGCUGUUCAAAACAUAACCAUCACAGGCGACAAUCAUAAGAAGAAUCGCAUUCAGGUUUCCAACACCAAAAAGCCUCUCUUCUUCUACGUUAAUCUCGCUAAGAGAUAUAUGCAACAGCAUAAUGAUGUGGAGCUUUCCGCCCUAGGAAUGGCUAUUGCCACAGUUGUCACAAUUGCAGAAAUUCUCAAGAACAGUGGAUUUGCUGUUGAGAAAAAGAUUAUGACAUCCACUGUUGACAUGAAAGAUGAAUCUAGAGGAAGACCCAUCCAAAAAGCCAAGAUUGAGAUAUUACUGGGGAAGACUGAAAAAUUUGAUGAACUGAUGGCUGCUGCUGAGGAGGAAAGGGAGCUUGCAAAUGGUGGUGGUGAAGAGUGAAACUUAGACUUGAUGAAGUCUUGAAAAAAAUGUUUUUUUUUUUUUUUUUUUUUU